GUUUUAUGCUCGGCUCGUCUCGUGGCUGUACAGUGUACACGGGUGAACAUGCAGUCGCGAACCCCUCGCCUCAAACCGCCCUCCCCCAACUGGGCCCCUCAGCCUCCCCUCUCCGUCUUUGUCCGCAACCUCCAACUCCUCCAGCUCGAUCGGCACGAUGACUGGCCUCACAUCUCCCUCCGCACCCUUGCAGACACGUCGCAGAACCAGCGCCAGCGUGUGAGGGCCAUUGAAUGGGCGCUAUACCAUCUUGUCGCCCUCUGGGACCCCAGCACCGCUCGGGAUAAACUCCGUCCGUUCUUCCCUCCGCUCGAGCCCCUACAGUCGGUUAAUCUGCGCGCCGCCUUGUUCCGCGUGCUCUCCGAUUUAAAGAAACAGGGGGAUCUGGGCAAGGAGGUCAUUCUCCGCAAGUCAAUGUUGGAUGACUGCCGGGGGGAGAAAUUCGAGGAACUGCUGGCCGUCUUCUCCACCGCUGUGCUGCGGAAGACCCUGGUCGCUUCUUCAGAUCCCGGCCUGCAAAAUGUGGCCAUGAGACUCUCCCUGGCCCCGGGCCUGACUCGCGAGGAAUACCAGCUCAUGCUUCCCCUCGUGCUGGCUCACCGUGUCUCCCUUAAUCAGAUCGGGGAGCGUCGCAAAAAAGCCCAGGACACCCAGGAAAGGUUCGCCCACUUGCUGGAGCUCAAGAAGCUACAGCUCGACGAACGGGCCAAGGAAAACCGCCCUCAACUCCCUGACAAUGGCGCCGACGUUGAUGCCCUGGCCCGUGACUUCAAAGAGAGCUGGUUGGGCCGUGAAGACUGGGCCGAUGCCCUACUUCACGGCGGUGCUCAGGGCAGUAACGACGCCUUUCUAGAGCUUUCUUUUGAUGCUGCCUGGACGAAAGCCAAGGAGUCCACCGUGGACGGUCUCCGGGCGAACACAUCCCCCGAUCUGCUUGUCGAUCUAGAAUCUCGCGUCUUCCGCCAGCGAGCCCGGCUGCAGCGCUGGCGCCAGUACAGCGCCUCUAUGCGCAAGCAUGACCGGGUAGAAUCGACCAGCUCCAGGUCCCAGCCGCUCGUCUUCCGAGAGCACCAGGCACUCACCGUCGCCAGCAUCUCCAAGGCCGUACGGCAGCCGGUGGAGCGUGCAUCUCCUAAGGCAGACGACCGGGCGCUGCUCUUCUCCAUGAACGAGGCCCUGGCCCGGAUCAACGGCCGGUCUGCCGCGCGUCACCGCCACACCAAGAGCGAGUCUCGGACACGCAACACCACAGCAGUGCCGUCUUCACUUUCCGCUGAAAGACAUCCAUCUUCCCCUACCGACGAGCAAGAUACGCCCCGCCCAUCCACAAGGACACCUUCGCCCCCAACUCCAGAAUCUCAAUCCAGCCUCCCAUCCUUCUCAACCACCCAAGCCCCAGAACGCCCCCCAUCUCCCUCCGAACCACCCAGCCGAUUCACCCUCGUCGAACGAACCCGCAAAUCCAUGUCCCUCAUCCCACCACCCACCAACACCCGACCACGAGAAAGCUUCCGAUCCCAUCGCCCCCGUCCCUCAUACCCAGUGAACCAGUUCGAAACGCCCCAGAAACCGCACCCCAUCCCCAGGGCCUCCACGCCACGCGACCAGCUGUUCGACGACGAAGCCGACUACGCCAGCGUCUUCAAGUCGCGGCCCCGCGUGGCACUCAGCCCGGUUGCGUCGCCCGCAGUGCAUAUCAGUCCGAUUGGCGAUUUUGAUCUAGGCGCCGACGAGGACGUUGAUCUGGAUGAGCUAGGCGAAGGAGACGAGUAUGCACAGGAUACCCCGUUAGCGUCGAGACGGCGGGUACUGUGAGACUCACGUUGGUUUUCAUUCAUUUCAUUCUUAUACUUAAUAUUCAUGUUUAUACCCUACCGCUACUACCACGAUUAAUGUUUAUAGAUCAACUGAAGCAAGCAGUACAUGAUGCAAAGUACACG